ACCGGUGUCCUUCCCGCCAGAGGCCCCAACGGAGGGGCCUAUCUCAAAGUGGCGCCGCUCCUGAUAACGGGUGUCGCGCGUACGACCGUAGAGAUAUCUCUGCUGCGUGCGUAUAUGACGCGCAUAUUUGUUUACAUGGUUACUACCGUAAGCUACACACAGCAGCUGACAGUUCAGCUGACGCUACGUUAAGUAAGAAAGAAGAAGAUUUUUAUGAUCUCAAAAUUUCGACAUGGAGAAAUUAUCGAAGCCGCAGAUAAUUUGCCACAUCGAAAAGUCGGUCGAUUAUUCGCUGUUCGAUGCCAAGUGGAUACCUUGUAGCGCGAAAUUUGUGGUUAUGGGCUCGCGACCUCGUGGUACCGGCAUCAUACAAAUCUACGAGGUGUCCAGCGGCGAGCUGAAACUUGUUAAGGACAUAGAGAGAUCUAGUCAGAUGAAGUGUGGAACAUUUAAGGCAUCCAGUCUUCGGGACAGAUAUUUAGCCACUGGCGAUUUCAAGGGUAAAUUGAAUAUUUACAACUUGGAAGAUCCUUCGAUACCAAUUUACACAGCCAACGCUCAUACGCAAAUCAUAAACGCUAUUGAUGGAGUAGCGGGUACCAGUGUAGGAUGCGGUGCACCUGAAUUAGUUACGGGUUCCAGAGACGGCAGCGUCAAAGUGUGGGAUCCGAGACAGAAGGAGCGACCAGUGGCCAUCAUGGAAUCCAAAGAAGGCGAAAGUCGGCGGGACUGUUGGUCGGUCACGUUUGGCAAUUCUUAUAAUUCUGAGGAGAGAGUAGUGGCCGCUGGAUAUGACAACGGUGAUGUUAAAAUGUUUGACUUAAGAGCAAUGUCGGUCAGAUGGGAGAGUAAUUUAAGAAAUGGAGUGUGCGGUCUCGAAUUUGACAGAAAAGAUAUUCCUAUGAAUAAGCUGGUCGCCACUACGUUAGAAUCGAAAUUUUAUCUCUUCGACUUGAAGACUCAACAUCCUGAGAAGGGCUUUGCCUAUCUCGUUCAAAAGGCUCACAAAUCGACGAUAUGGCUGGUUAAACAUCUGCCGCAAAAUCGUGAAUUGUUUGCAACCUGUGGUGGCGGUGGAACGAUAUGUCUUUGGAAAUAUAAUUAUCCGGAGAAGAGAAAAACUACAGACGCCGAUGGGAUUGAAGAAGGAGUCGUGGGCAAUGUCAGCUUGCUGCAGAACUGUGCGCUCUCGUCCCAACCCAUCAGCUCUUUGGAUUGGAGUCCGGACAAGCAAGGACUCGCCGUUUGCACAUCGUUCGAUCAAUGCUUACGUGUCAUCAUAACAACAAAACUGAACGCAUAUUGAUCAAACAGCGGAAAGCGCUCGAUGUAAAUAAGUUUUGUAUUAUAUUACGUGCUUUUGAGGCAAAGUCCCCUCCCCUCGUAUAUAAUAGUUUUAUAUUAUAUAUAAAGUUUUAAUUAACGUUAAUGUCAGAGUUUUUUUUUAAGGACAAAUCGUUAAUUUUAUACAGAAACAUGACUACGAAGCAAAUUUUUCUUUAAACUAGAAAAGAGAAGAGAACAAUUAUAAGAAACAUUGAAAUUCGUCAUCCCAUUAGAUAUUUCAUUGUCGCGAUUAGACUCGAGACGUCGAUUCUCGCUAAUAGACACAGGAUGCGUUACGCAUAUAAUGCAAAACUGUAUUAUAUGUCAUCGGGCCAAUUUAUUCUCAGAAUCGGAUCUUUAAUUACUAAGUCAGGUUAUUGAUACGCGCUGUGUUGCGUAGAGAUUGCGCAAUGUUACACAAUGAUACCGCCAUAUUUAGAUGCGGUCUAGUCCAUAUUUUAUCUAUCUCGUGGCGACAUUUAUUUAUUAUUUGUACGUACGAUAAGAAAAAAAAAACAAUAAAGAAAUGUUUCAAUUUUAA